GUAGAACGAUGUGUGCGCGUUUAUUUAUAUAGAGGCGAACAUGGUCACUAAUCAUCAGUGAACUAAAUACUGUACGAAGACAUGGAGCAAAAUGGCGAUGGUAAACCGAAAAAGCCUAUUAUUUUUGACGGAAUGGCAUUGCCGCCAUUUCCUCCCCUCGUAAAAGAUGCAAAGGAAAGGUUUGAAGAAAUCAGGGACCUGCCUUGUAGGGAAGACGAUGUUUUACUGGUUAUCUAUCCGAAAUCAGGAACCCACUGGGUCUGGGAAAUUGUCUGCAUGUUACUAAAAAAGAAAGCCGAAUACAUGAAAGAAACAAAGGACUUUUUCUUUUUGGAAGCCAUACCAGACAUGAGCGUAGUUCAUAAUCUGGCCUCUCCAAGACCACUUAACACGCAUGUACCCUACAGAUGGUUACCAAAGCAGCAUAUAGAAAAUGGAGGAAAGAUUGUCCAUGUUCUGAGGAAUCCUAAAGAUGUUGCCGUAUCGAUGUGUCAUCAUUUCAACAAUACUAGAGAAUUUGGUGAACCUUUAGACUUCAAGACAUUUUAUGAGAAAUUUUUCAUGGGCCCAGUUCAGUUAUUUGGAGGCUGGUUUUCAUAUGAGAAGGAAUUUGAAGAAGCGGAAGCAAAGGACACAGGUUCCGCUAUUUUCACAUUGCAUUAUGAAAGUUUGAAAAAGAAUCCAAUACAGGAAACCAAAAAGCUAGCCAAAUUUUUAAACGUUGAUGUAAACGACGAACUUAUAGCUGAAAUAGUGGACAAAUGUAGCUUUAAAAAGCUGAAAGAAGCUAAUGACACAAUGAAAGACAUUAUAAAGAUAAUUCCAGAGGAAAUGAAACAUGAAGGAAAAGAUAAGGAGAUUAUGUCAAAGUUGUAUCGCAAGGGAGAGAUUGGGGAUUGGAAGAACCAUUUUACUGUGGCUCUAAAUGAACACUUUGAUGCAAUGUUCAAUGAAGAAAUGAAAGAUUCUAAAAUUCAAGUGCAAUAUGAAUGAAAUGAUAUGUAAACAAAGAUAAUUUUAUUACUCUUUAUGAACAUCAAAACGCAAACUACAAAAAAUCUUUGAGCCUAGAAAAAAUAUCAUCAUUCUUGAACAAUUUAUCAAAGGUUAAAUAGAAAAAGACAUAUAUUUCAUUCUGAACUUGAAAAAAUUGUUUAAAUGAUGCUGGUUUCCUAAUACCCGGUUUAAAUGACCAUUGUACAUUUAGAAUUGCGCAAUGCAUGUAGAAAUCAUCAUCAUCAUCAUAAUAAUGCAUAGGUAACAGAGGUGUCGAUCCAGCAUUUAAAAGAACAGAGGAAGGUGGGAGGAGGUAAUUGUACGCCACAAGUUCCAGUGUGCCAAAACGGGGAUCUAAUCCAUAUUUUAACCUUAAUUUUUAAGGGAAACCACAGUUGCUACAUGCGGAAAGCAUAUUAAGUGAAAAUCAAAAUUUGCUGUGAAUACUUGAGGGUAAAUGCACAAAAACUAAGUGAAUUACAUGAAAUCGUUGCCUACAUGUACUUUUAUAUGAUAGAAAAAUAAAUGAUGUUCCUUUU